UUGACAUAUUCUUUGGAAAUGUCAUUCAAACAGGAGACUAAGAAAUAUUUUUAGAAUUAUAGUAAUUUCACAGGACUUUGGAUAUUGGUGUUUUUUUCACCCCCAAAAAAUUGGCAGAAGGGAGGAACUGCCAAAGAAACCAGCAUUCAGUCAUUUGGAAAAACUGAUGUUUUGGAGGCAACGUGACCGAAUAGCAAAUUUUAAAUUCAAAUGUAUUUCAACACAGAUGAGGGAAGAUUUCUGAAAAUAAGGCUUGUAAUAUUAGAUGUGCAUCUAGGAAUACAGUACUUGCUGCAUUUUAAAUCUUAUUUCCAUCCUGUAUCACAAACGGAGGAGGAAGCACAGAGAAGACGGAAAUACCUUUGAGACCCCGAGGACUCCCCCAAACCUCAACCAAUGGAACUGCAUAGAAUAAAGCAACUGGAUUAUAUAUAAAUACUGGCACUCAUUAUUACUGGCUGCUAUAUUAGUGGUGGUGGUGGCGGCGGUGGCAGCAGGGGGAACGUUGCAUUUGCUUCUGUUCUUCCUUUUUCUCCCUCUCCGUAGCCCGUUAUAAAGGAUGGCUCAUCCUGGAAUAAGAGAUUACAAUAACAGGGAGAUAGUGCUGAGGUACAUCCAUUACAAGCUGUCACAGAGAGGAUAUGACUGGAUUGCCGGUGGAGAUGGAGUGAGCCUUCCUCCUCCUGCUGCUGGUGGGACCUUCCCUGCCCUCGCUCGGCUGGCAUCUUUGCCUUCUGAAUCACCUGGUUCAGCUGCUGCUAGUGAUAUUGGCCUGGAUGAUGAGUUACACCCUGUGCCACAGGUUGUCCACUUGACUUUAUGCCAAGCCGGCGAUGAGUUUUCACGACGUUAUCAGAGGGACUUUGCUCAGAUGUCUGACCAGCUGCACUUGACCCAGGUCACUGCCAGAAGUAGUUUUGUGGCCGUCGUAGAGGAGCUGUUCCGAGACGAGGUUAAUUGGGGGAGGAUUGUUGCCUUCUUUGAAUUUGGUGGCAUGAUGUGUGUGGAGAGUGUCAGUCAAGAGAUGUAUACUCUUGUUGACAAUAUCGCUGUGUGGAUGACGGAGUACCUGAACAGACACCUGUACAAUUGGAUCCAGGACAAUGGAGGUUGGGUAGGUAGCCAGUUGAUUCAUCUGUGUUUGUUUUUCCAUGUGCGGUAA